AGGCAAAGCGAGAAUUCCAAGCUCCGGUUGUCCGGUGAGACGGGGCGCCUUCUUCUCCACGCCGCCGCCGCGUGGGCCAGGCCGAAUAGAAUCAAAACUCAGACCACCACCAAGCCUCGCGGUUUCUCGCCGUCCGAGCGGCCAAGCGGAGAGCGCCUCGAUCCGCCCGCCGCCGCGCAUGAGGAUCCUCGCGCUCGUCGUGGCGGCCGCGGCCCUCCUCGCCGCCGCCGCCACCGCGCACGAGCACCACGGCGAGGCGCCCACCUGCGCCGGCGGCGGCAGCGGGCGCGUGCUCGCGGAGUUCCGUCCAGGGGAGGUGACCCUGGACGGGCACCCGGCAGACUGGGACGGCGUGGAGGCGUCGGAGUUCGCGCUGCUUCCGGCUCUUGACCCCGACGAGGACAAGGCCUACGCCGGCGGCAAGGUCUUCGUCAAGGCUGUGCAUGAUGGCGUCAACAUUUUCUUCAUGCUGAAAGUUGAUGGGGAUUACACCUACACUAAAGGCGAAAAUAAGAAGUGCCCUUCUGUUGCUCUGAUGUUCCAAAUUGGAGAGAAAGCAACGUACUAUAAUAUGGGAGGGUGUAAAGAUAUGCCUGGUUCAUGCACAAGCAAAAGUUGCAGAGGUCAAGAGGUUGACAUUAUGCACUUUUCUGUUGGAAAUGCUAUCCCUGGACGUCUUUAUGGUGGAAAUCACAUAGAUAAUGCAGACGGAAAUGGCGGUGAUAGAUUCGGUCAUCUUGUUGAUUUAUAUUCAUGGAAUCCGCAUUGCCGAUACCUUGAUGGGAUAGGCCCUAAAGAGAAUAAUUCAAAUGCUCAGAAUGAUUGGCAUGGGGCAUGGUGGCAUAGCUCUCUGACCUUUCACUCAGGCUUUGUGGAUGAUGACAGUCCUUACGGAAAACAAGAUGAGAAGGGCACAUAUUAUUUUGAGUUUUCAAGGCCCCUAAGAACAAUGGAUCGAUUACAGCAGGAUGCACAGUUCACGAUAGGUGGGCCCAACAGUAUGGCUGUGGCUUUCUGGUACCCAAACGAUGGCAAACCAUGGAGCAAGUCCGAGCAUUAUUCGGCCAGCUGCGACUGGUUGGUUCUUGAUAUUCAACCAUCCAUGGAAGCUGCACAUUACCGCCCAGCUCCAAAUCGUUCAUGGGAUGCUGCAACUGCCUUUGCCUUGCUUCUUUCGGUAGUAGCAAUCUGUAUAUCCGUUUUUGUGGGCUACGGGGCUUCUAAGAACAGGAGCAGCGUCCAAUUUACACCACUUGAGCAGAUCUAGUUCGUUUGCUGGAGAAAAGAAUUUGAUGGUCUCGAGUUUCAUUAUUUGUGAUGCGACAAGGGACGCUAUUUCAUCUGUUGCUGAUGCACUUUCAUGAUCCUACAUAACACUUCUACGUCGAGGGAUUGCUGUGUUGCAUCUUUGUAAUCUAGUGUAGGACACUGAAAAUACAUACGAUUCAGAAUUUCAGACUAGAUUUUGGUUUUAUACCUGUACGGUUCAUUUUCUGUAAAUGAUGUAUGUCGGCUACAUGCACAUCUAGAACUUACACUUUUACGUUCUUAAAUUUGAGCACAGAUGAUUUUCAUACAAAUGUUGAAGUGCUUCAUGUGAUGGCUGAA